GUUGAUCCCGUCGGAACUCUGACCCUCAAGGCCAGGCUCAAGGAGCGCGUCAUGGAGUUGCGCAAGGCCCAUCUGGAUAACCCCUGGCCUCCCAACGACCGGGAAGUAGGGGUCGUGCUGGUUGCACAUUCAAUGGGGUGAGCCACCCCCAACCCACUCCGAGACUAUUCGCGAGAGACCUUGAGAGGGUGAGAUAAGGUCCCCUUUGUCCAACGUUGCUCACAUAUCUCCCCAGCGGCUUCGUCGCGACCGACUGUCUGUUCGGCAUCCUCGAUGAGCACCGCCAGAACGAGUCUCCGGACCGCCCCCUCUUCCCGCUCAUCCAGGGCAUCCUCGCCUUCGACACGCCCUUCAACGGCCUGGCCCGGUCCAUGUUCGUCUACGGCGCCUUCUCGCACUACCAGAAAGUCAGCAACGUCUUCAACGUCAUGACGGCCCUGUCGGCCGCCACGCCCGCCGCGCUCUCGCGCCUCGCCUCCAGACGCGCCCUAAGCGGCGCCACAACCACGACGACGACGACGGCCAGCCCGGCCUGGAAGGCAUGGCAGCUGGUCGCCGUGCGCACGGGGGCCGUGGGCAUCAUCGCCGCCGGGGGCGUAGCCGCCUUUGUGCACCGCAGGGAGAUCGCCGAAGGGGCGCACGCCGUGCGGAACCUGAACCGCCGCGACGUCGUCCGCGGGUACCGCCAGUCGGUCGACGCGCUCGGCCAGGGGCUCGCCUACGUCAACCGCGGCAACGUCGGCCGGAGCUUCUCCUGGCUGGCGGACCACUUCGCCUUUGUCGGCGCGCUGCUCAAGCCCAACGAGCUGGGCCGGCGGCUGCACCGGCUGGCCGCGCUGAGGGGGGUCGGGGUCCGCGACGUGUACGCCUCGCUCGGAGAGAACGGCUACUGGAGCGGCGGCUACUUUGUGCCCGAGAGGACCUUCUGCGCGGUUCCCUCCGACGGGGACGCGGCCGAGGCGGCGCUCUUCGCGAGGCACGUCGUCGAGGGGGCCAAGGACGAGAUCGACGCACACAUCGGCCUGUUCCGGAAGGAGAAGAACAAGAACUACGACAGGAUGACCAACGACGCCGCCGAGCUGGUGAUCGAUUGGUUCAACGACGAGACGGACAUCUACGACGACCCCAGGUUCCAGGAGGCGCCGCCUGCUGAGCUGGCCGAGACGGAAGCUGUCGCAAAAGCCGUCGACAACGAGGGUGUUGAGAAGGCGGAGGAGCGCAUGGCGGCGGCGGCGGGACAAGACUCCGUGGAGGACGCGGGCAUGGACGUGGACGACGAGGUCCCCGACGAAUCCCCGAUCGACAUUGCCGCCGCGGCCUCGCUUGUUCCUUUGCCCGACGACAUCGACAAAGGUCUCCCACAGGACGCUGGCGAGGACGGCGGUGACGGCGGUGAGGGCAAGGAUGAAUCCGACCAGAAGAGGGCCUACCUCAGGUACUUGUUCGGCGUCGCCCAGCAGACGGGCACCACCCUCCGCGCAUACCUGCCCUCGAAGCUGCCGACGGUCGAGAUGCCCCGGGUAUCGAUGCCCGCCGUCAACUUCCCGAGCAUGCCCCCCGCGAUCCCCAACAUCGUGCCCUCUCUCCCGACCAUGGCGAGCAUGGCGGUGCCGACAAGCAUCAACCCUUUCUCGAGAAAGCCAGCCGCCGAGUCACCUUCGGCGGAAGGGCAGAAAGAGGGCGGAGAUGGGGUGCCGGGCUCUGAGCAGGUCGGCGUUGCCGCUAAGAAGUCGGGUAGCGAAGAGCAUGGUGUCCCACAGUCAAGUAGUUAGCGCCUUCAAUAGAAGGAAAAAAGGUGGCUGGACUUAUUCGCGCAUUGCGCGUUUUUUUAAUUAUCUCUUGGCUGUUUCUCCCUCCUGCUGUACUUCUUAAUUUAUACUGUUUUUCUCCUCUUCUUUUCGGACCAAUACCCGAAUUCGGUCAGACUACGACGGCGACACAAAAGACGGCCUUCCCGAUAUUAUCCGUCUCUUCAGCGAGAAUUGGAUGCACUUUGAUGUUGAGGCUUCUCCGUUCAUACCUUACAUACCUGAUCUACCUAGGGACUUAAUUACCUGCCUAGGUACACACACCUAAAGGUGUCUACCUGUAGAGGUCUCCAUACCUACCUACAUAUCUACUUACAAUGUAGCAUCUACC